GCACACUCUCUGGCCGCGGACGCGGCGGGAGGGUGCACGGAGAAAAGGGGCGGGGUGGUCGGAGCUGCUGUGCUGGCAGCAGUAGGCGAGGGUGCGGCUGCGGGACUCCCGGUGCUGAAGACGGACGCCAUUGGAGCCCCAGGGAAGCAUGGCUGAGGGAAGCUACAGAGUGGAAUCAGAAAGCUACAAUGUUGAAGACAUGGAUGAGGGUGGUGAUGAAGUAGGGGAGGAAGACAUGGUUGAAGGAAAUGACUACGAAGAAUUUGGUGCUUUUGGUAGCUAUGGCACCCUCACCAGCUUCGACAUCCAUCUCCUCAGAGCCUUUGGCAGCUUGGGUCCAGGCCUUCACAUCUUAUCUAAUGAACCCUGGGAACUGGAAAACCCCGUACUGGCCCAGACCCUGGUGGAGGCCUUACAGCUGGAUCCAGAAACACUUGCCAAUGAGACGGCCGCCCGUGCUGCCAAUGUAGCCCGUGCCGCUGCCUCCAACCAUGCCGCUCGGGCCGCUGCCGCUGCUGCCCGGGAUGCUGCCCGGAACUCCUUCAAUCAGGUGGUCACCAACCAGCGGGUGGCCACACAGCAGGCCUCAGGAGAGGAUACGCAGCCCAUGACAUACACCGAGGCCCAGGGGACCACCCCCGAGACACCCCUGGCUCCUCCGCAGGCCUCCGAGAUGUUAGCCGCCACUGAAACGGCUGGCCCGGGAGCUCCGGCAACAUCCAUCCAGUCCCAGACAUCCUUCCAGGCCGAGGAGGCUGCCACAGAGGGCCCCAGUCCUGCCCGUACUUUCUCUCAGGCUCCGUGUGCCAGUGAGAUGGACGGCACCCAGCCCAAGACAGCCCUCCUGGGUCAGGAGGACGUCUUUGACUUCACUCAGCCGGCAGGUGUCAGUGGCAUGGCCUUCCCACGCCCCAAGAGACCUGCCCCGGCCCAAGAGGCUGCCACAGAGGGCCCCAGUGGUGCCUCCAGUAUGCCCCAGGCGGCACCUGCCAGGGAGGUGGCAGCCACCCGGCCCAAGACGGCCAAGUCUGGGAAGGCUCUGGCCAAGACUCGAUGGGUGGAGCCUCAGAAUGUUAUGACAGCUGCUGCUGCCAAGGCCAAGGUGGCCACGAGCAUCCCUGAGCCUGAGAGUGCCAUCGCCACCACUCAGCCUGGUGCUGAUCCCUGGGCCAGGCUAGGAGGCAAGAGGACCAAGAAGUCUAAGCACCUGGAUGAUGAAUAUGAGAGCAGUGAGGAGGAGAGAGAGACUCCCACAGUCCCACCGACCUGGAGAGCAUCACAGCCCUCACUGACGGUGCGGGCUCAGUUGGCCCCAGGGCCCCCAACGACCCAGAGGUCCCAGAUACCCUCAAGGCAUGUACUCUGCUUGCCCCCUCGCAACGUGACCCUUCUGCAAGAGAGGGCAAAUAAGUUGGUGAAAUACUUGAUGAUUAAGGACUAUAAGAAGAUUCCCAUUAAGCGCUCAGACAUGCUGAAGGACGUCAUCCGAGAAUACGAUGAACAUUUCCCGGAGAUCAUUGAACGGGCAACAUACACUCUGGAAAAGAAAUUUGGAAUCCAUCUGAAGGAAAUCGACAAGGAAGAACAUCUGUAUAUUCUUGUGUGCACACGGGAUUCUUCAGCUCGCCUCCUGGGAAAGACCAAGGACACUCCCAGGCUGAGCCUGCUCUUGGUGAUUCUGGGCGUCAUCUUCAUGAAUGGGAACCGUGCCAGUGAGGCUGUCCUCUGGGAGGCACUCCGCAAGAUGGGUCUGCGCCCGGGGGUGAAGCACCCAUUCCUUGGUGAUCUGAGGAAGCUCAUCACUGAUGACUUUGUGAAGCAGAAGUACCUGGAAUACAAGAAGAUCCCCAACAGUAGCCCACCUGAGUAUGAAUUCCUGUGGGGCCUGCGAGCCCGCCAUGAGACGAGCAAGAUGAGGGUCCUGAGAUUCAUCGCCCAGAAUCAGAACCGAGACCCCCGAGAAUGGAAGGCACAUUUCCUGGAAGCUGUGGAUGAUGCCUUCAAGACCAUGGAUGUGGAUAUGGCCGAGGAACACACCAGGGCCCAGAUGAGGGCCCAGAUGAAUAUCGGGGACGAAGCUCUGGUUGGACGAUGGAGCUGGGAUGACAUACAGGUCGAGCUUCUGACCUGGGAUGAGGACGGAGAUUUUGGUGAUGCCUGGGCUAGGAUCCCUUUUGCUUUCUGGGCCAGAUAUCAUCAGUACAUUCUGAACAGCAACCGUGCCAACAGAAGAGCUACGUGGAGGGCUGGUGUCAGCAGUGGCACCAACGGUGGGGCCAGCACCAGCGUCCUAGAUGGCCCUAGCACCAGCUCCACCAUCCGGACCAGAAAUGCCGCCAGAGCUGGUGCCAGCUUCUUCUCCUGGAUCCAACACCGUUGAUGAACUGCUUCAGUCUUACUCAUCAAGCCGGAGUGCCUCCUCCUCAGAUUCCUUCUUAGCCCAGCACUCUGAACAGCCUCUCCGUGUCAGUGGAAGGUGGCAUGCAAGAUGAAGCUUUGUUUGCUCCUCCCGCUUUCAUCGUGUGCUUUUUUGUGUGUUUUCAUGUUUUUGGUAUCAGUGUUACAUUAAAGUUGCAAAAUUGA